UCAGCACACACUCACACAUCGAACGGGUCAGACCGCGCGCCUGUUUACAUUAGGACUAUACUCAAUACUCAUUCUGUACGCGGUGACUUCACGGCGGCAACCCGUGACUGUGAUUUUAUUUAGUAAUUUAUUGUACAAAAUAGUUAAGUUAUAAAAUGGCCAACAACAGGGCCGCAAAGUCUGGAUUUGCAGCAGAGGCACAGAGAAAGAUAAACAGCAAAUACAGUGAAGAAUUGGCGGAAGAGUGCUUAGAAUGGAUCAGACAGAUCAUAGGAGAGCCUGACAACACGUCCGGCGACAUGGACAACUUCUACGAAGUGCUUAAAGACGGAACAAUCCUUUGCAAACUCGCGAACAACUUAAAACCUGGCAUCGUGAAAAAAGUCAACGAAUCAAAAAUGGCGUUUAAAUGCAUGGAGAACAUUAACGCCUUCCUCGAAGCGGCGAAGCAGUUUGGUGUGCCCGCACAGGAAACUUUCCAAACUGUCGACUUAUGGGAGAGACAGAAUCUGAACUCAGUGGUUAUAUGCCUACAGUCUUUGGGUAGAAAGGCGGGACAUUACGGCAAGCCCUCAAUAGGACCGAAAGAAGCUGAAAAGAACGUGAGGAACUUCACCGAAGAACAGCUGAGAGCUGGACAGGGAGUCAUCUCCCUACAGUAUGGCUCCAACAAGGGCGCUAAUCAAAGCGGUAUUAACUUCGGCAACACAAGACAUAUGUAAAUGUCUAAUAGUGCUGUCAUAUGCUGUCUUUCUUCGAAAUAAGUAUAACUUAAUGUUAGAAGAGACAAAAAUAUUUCGUCAACUUUAAUAAUAUUUAAUUGACCCUUAUGUAGACUCAAAGUAAAAGACGAUUUGGCCAAAUUUUGGUAAUUUUUUUUUAAGUCGUUCCGGUAGAUUUUAAAUUGUGCUAAGAAACUUAAGCCAUAUUCUUAAACAGAGAAAACUAAUUAAUUUUUAAAUAUUAUAUUGAUUCAAAAGUUACGUACAAUGAAUCUACGUAUGAAAUAAUUGUUAUUAAAACGUUAAUAAUAAUUUAUGUUCAAAUUAAUUAGGAUUUAAUGUGAUUUCAUUCCGUUUCAUUCCAUUUUUUGGAUUUUUUUUUAAAUUUCUAUAAUAAUAUUGACAAAUGUAAGUUCGUUUUGUUCUUACUUAGUCUAGUUAUAAUUUAAUAUACUUAUUCUUUUAUGUAAUAAAUUCACAUAUUUCCUA